GAGGCGAAGGCUAUCGCAGCCGGCCGCAGCUGAGCCGAGGUGAGGAGGAGAAGCGGCGGAUAGGGCCCGGCUCCAUCUACUCGCUACGGCUACGCCUACGCUGGCCGACCACGGCCACACCUACCACCUGCAAAAAAACAACAACAAAAAUGGUAUGGUAGUGGUAGUCUACAAGAAACUUAUGGAUUGCAAAUAAAAUAAGUCGUUUUAUGCUCACCCUGAUUACGUGCACAGUCCAAAUUUACAAAAAAGCUGAACCAAGGCCGUUACCAAGAACGCUUUUGUUGGCGACAGCACUGCAAUCGAAACCGGAACUUCGGAAGUUGAAGAGGGUCAGUCAAAUGGCGCGCCACAGUUCAAUUCAAGAUCGAGUGUGUUACGUUCCUUCUCACGUCACUGGGCCAAAAAUUUUAUCCUGAAUAAAAAUGGACAGCGAGACAAGCAUGUAUCUCGAAAAUUUAGAGGAGUAUAUCCUCGACGAAGACAGAAUUGUGACUUACAAGUGGCUCAGUCAGACACUAGAAAUUCAUGUGAAUUUAGCAAAGAGAUUACUGGAGACAUUCUUUAUUGACCAGAAGAAGAAAGGAUCUUCCACAUUACGAGUAACCUAUGUAGUCACAGGAACGCAAGAAACAAAAAAUGGAACCCAGAUGACAAAGAUUGCUAUCGUGAAUGAAGAUGGGUUAGAUGCUGUGAAGUCCGAUAUGAAGGAGGUGUUGGGCCAGCAUGUCUUCAGUAUACAGAAGAGUGUCCUCAAGGAUAACAGCUCACUUUUCACAACAGACUAUGAAAUCACCAAACAGAAUAUUAAUCAGACUAACAGAUUUAGUGGUAUUCAGUGUGAAUCAGUUGAAGUAAGAUCAUUAGCAGAACUAGAGAGGAAUCAACAAGCCCAACAAAAGUCAACAGAAAAACCUAAGGUAAAUGGAUUUGGCAAUCAGAAUACUUCAAGUACGUCUUCCAAGAUGACAUCGUCGUCUUCGUCAGCGUCACAGAAAUCAAAACCCAAGAAGGGCUCAAUCGAAGCCAGCUUUGCCUCACAAACAACAAAAAGCAAAACUCAGGAUUCCAAGAAUGAAAAGAAAAAUCCACCUGUCAAAGAAAAGAAGAAGGUAGAGGAGAAACCAAAGCCAAAGGGUAUGCUGGCAUUCAUGAGUCAAAAGAAAAAAGAUGAAUCGCCUCCAACGUCGUCUGGACCAGCAGGAGAUUCACAGAAAGACAAGAAGAGUCCAAUCAAGAAAGAGGAAGACAAGGAGGUGGAUGUAGAAGCUAACAGGAAAGAGAAAACAGAGGUCAAAGGAGGAAAGUCACAGAGGUCACGUCAGGCAGACAAAAAGAAGAAGAGGUUAGAUCUUUCAGAUUCAGAAUCAGAUGAUGAAAGGCAGAAGAAAACGGUUGGUAGGAAACGAAGGCGGAUCCUCCAGCAGGAAGACAGUAGCAGUGAAGAGGAGGAGGAGGAUGAGGAACAAGAUGACAUGGAUGACAGCCCCAUUCCACCUACCCCGCCUCCUGUGGCCCAGGCUCUCCAAUCAGAUGAGGAAGAUGAAGCCACGCCCCCAUCAAAGGGCCAUUCAGAGGAAAGGUCAUCGACCGGGAAGAGGAGAAUCAGAAAGAGAGUACUGAAAAGCAAAGUCACUGUUGAUGAUGAGGGAUGUAUGGUCACAGAGAAGGUAUGGGAAAGCGAAUCAACUGAUGCAAGCGACGACGAUGUCCCUCCACCAGCACAGAAACCCAAACUGCAACCAAAAAAAGAGAGCAGAGAUUCUGAUGAGGAGGAUGACAAGAAAGAAAAGAAAGGAAAAGGGAAGAAGAGCUCGCCACCGAGCAGUAAAGGAAAACAGUCUUCCCUGAUGAGCUUCUUCAAGAAGAAAUGAUCAAUCAAAAGAUUUAUGAUUUCUAACAUUAAGAGAGACAAAGAAGAUAGCUUUGUACACAAGGGUUUGCAGAGACACUAAACUUUACGACCACAGUGGAGAUUUUACAUUGUUUGAUGAGGAUUGUCCAUACGAUGCUCUAAGUGACUGAGGAGAAAGUACUCUGGAACUUGUUCUUGACAUUAAUAAUACUUUGUGUGAAGUAUUCUACAAGCCUCAUCUGUUUGAACCAAUAUUUCAGACUACUGAUUGAAAGAUGAAUAUUUGCUAUCAAGCAGUAUGUCUUUCAGAAGUAGGGCUACACAAGAUGACAAUAACAUUAUGAUGUUGAUCCUAAAUUACUUUGGGUCAAAGAUAUUUCAUCUCACACUUAUUAAACAGAUUCAAUGAAAUAUUGUGUUUUGACAAGAAAGCUGCCUUGGAAUGAUAGGAAUACUUGAGACAAGGUCAUGAAAACCAGAUGAAUUAUACUGUGAAACCUUCCUCAGAAGUCUCAUAAAACCUAUGUUUACCAAUGAAUAAUGCACAUUUCAUCUUUGUAGAAUAUGCAGCGAACUAUUGUUAUACCUCUUAUCUCUCAUAAACUACUUUGUGUGACUCUUGCUGAAGCAAUACCAAUUUUUUUCAUCAUCUUCAUACUGCAUGUAGAGGAAUGACAGGCCUUAUGAACUUCAACUUUAUUUAUUUAUCUUUUCUAUUUGGAUUACCAUUAUUAUUAACCAAUUUUGUAUGGUCUAAUACCGACAUGAUUUCCCAUGUAAAAAUAAUGUGUCUAAUAUGGGAACAAAGAUGCCUGAUAUCAGGCCCUGACAACUUCCUACAUGUAUUUUAUACUUUUUCAGGCUUUAUAACUUACAACACAUAUGGGUCUGGCUUCUUUUUCAGGCUUUAUAACAUACAACACAUAUGGGGCCUGGCUUCUUUUUCAGGCUUUAUAACAUACAACACAUAUGGGUCUGGCUUCUUUUUCAGGCUUUAUAACAUACAACACAUAUGGGUCUGGCUUCCUUUUCAGGCUUUAUAACUUACAACACAUAUGGGUCUGGCUCCUUUUUCAGGCUUUAUAACAUACAACACAUAUGGGGCCUGGCUUCUUUUUCAGGCUUUAUAACAUACAACACAUAUGGGGCCUGGCUUCUUUUUCAGGCUUUAUAACAUACAACACAUAUGGGGCCUGGCUUCUUUUCAGGCUUUAUAACAUACAACACAUAUGGGGCCUGGCUUCUUUUCAGGCUUUAUAACAUACAACACAUAUGGGGCCUGGCUUCUUUUCAGGCUUUAUAACAUACAACACAUAUGGGGCCUGGCUUCUUUUCAGGCCUAGUGCAUAAAACUGACAGGCAUCCCUGUGGGAAGGUAUGAAUAAAUUAAAGGUAUAAAAUAAGUUCUGUACAGUUGACCAUUGAUUUCUCAUGUCAUGUAUGUAUAUCAAAUAUUGUUAACAUGUAGAGCUAUCACACAUUGACUAUUAAGAGUGACUGAUAAGAAGUGUAGGCUGAUCAGGGUAAAAGUGACGAAGUGGCAAGCACUCUAAUUGCUCCUCUUCUAACAGCAAACACCACUGGCUUCCUUGGUUGUUCAUUGAUUGAUGGUGACGAAUACUUUUGCACCUUUUGCUUUCGAGGUGCCAAAUGUUUUCCAUAUUUCAGUUAGAUGAUAUUUCAAGGGUUACACGGUUGUAUGAAAGAUUGCAGAAGCAGUUUAUGAUACACCAGGGGCCUGUUGCAUAAAACUUUUUACCUGAGAAAACUCGGGUUAUUUUUACCAGAGUUUUUGCCCUGUGUUAAAGUCAAUGGCAGAAAUCAGACUAACCUUAGUUUUCAGUUUUUACCAGAGUUUUCUCAGGUAAAAAGUCUUAUGCAACAGGCCCCAUGUGGUGAUUAAAAGUGGGUUUUUUUGUGUGAUAUAUUUAGGUGACAUGACACUUGCUCCUGCGACAUUUGCUCCUGUCUCGAUAUCUAAGAUGGCAUAUGGAUGAAGUUGGGCAAUUCCUUAAAAUUCAUUCAACAUAUGAUCAUUGUGAAUAUAUACUUAUAUGGAUUUGCAUAUGCAUAAUAUAUGUUGACUUUUGUUCUACAUACACACUUGUAUUUCAGUAUGUCUGUGUGUGUGUCCUGCAGGUUGCUUGUCUUUUUUAACAUAUUUUCUUUCUUGUUUAAUACUUUCUUAUUGUUUGUAUUUAUUUGAUGUAUUUGUUACUUGUAUGCAGGGCCCCCAAGAAAAACGGUGCUUAGUCCACUGAUGGGGUAGCCCUGGGUAAACAAAACGAAAUAAAUAAAUUAAUUGAUAAAAAAAAUAAAUAAAUAAAUAAAUCAAUCAAUCAAAUACGUAUGUCCGACCCCCUAUGUGUGGGACUUUCAUGAAAUUUUCUAUCUCUGAUUUCUUGUUCUUUUGACAGUCUGUAAUGCUCUAAAAUGACUAGACUUGGUCAGUUUAUGAAGUAAAACUUGAAAAAAAUGGGGUCAGAUGUACAGAAAGGUUGAUUAUUUUAUGGAAUUGUCCAGUUAGGAUUGUAAUAAGAUGUUUAGAUUCAGAAUGAUGUAACCAUCAGGAUUAGGGUUGGUUGAUUUGGUUUGAUAUUUGGCAGAACAUGCUGAUUUUCCAUCAGAGCAAUUGUCGCCGCAGCAAAGUCAUGGAACCUGUAUGUCUGUAUGGCUCAAAGUCUGCAACGUUGCUUCUGAUAUGAAGCUUCUUUAAAGGGAUGGUCCAGGCUAGAGAUAUUUAUAUCUCAAUAAUUUGAGCAAAAUGCUGAAAAUUUGAUCAAAAUCGGAUAACAAAUAAAGUUAUUGAAUUUUAAAGAGUUGCAUCAUUCCGGUGCAACAGUUCUAGGCAUGUCUUCAUGAAUAUUCAUUAGGUGUCCUGAUGAUGUCAUAUCCCCACUUGUUUUUUGUGUAUUUUAUUAUAUGAUAUUAGGUUUAUUCAAAAAAUUUCUACCAAGAACUACAAUUGGAUUGACAACUUAUCAAGUACAUUAGUUAUUCAUUUGCCGCAACUUAAUUCAUCAUAAUGGAGACACAUCAUUUACACAUGUAUGAAAAAAUGAAUCAAAUUAUGAUUUCAUGUAAUAGCAUAAGAAAAAGGAAAGUGGGGAUAUGACAUCAUCAGCCCACCUAAUGAAUAUUCAUGAUGAUGUGCAUAUAACUGUUUUCACAAAAUAUUGAUAAACUUCAAAAUUCAAUAGCUUUGUUUUCCGAUUUUGAUGAAAUUUUCCGCAUUUUGCUCAGUGAAUUUUACUCUAUUUAUUUAGAUUUAGAUAUUUUCAGCCCGGACCUUCCCUUUUAGGGAAUAUUUCACUUACUGGUACCUCAACUAGCCGCUGCCUACUGCUUCUUGAGAAGGAUGUGUAUGUAUAUUUUAUUUAUAUUUUUGUAUUUCAAAAAUGGUAUAAUUCAUACAAAUUACAUCACAUGGAUAUGUACAGGUAUUCAGAAAAUAUUUUUGAGUACAGAUCAUUUGUUUGCAUCUAUCUCAUUCAUGAAUCUAUGGAGUGCUUUUGUGUAUGUUUAAAUGUAAAAUUGAAUCUAUAUAAUUGAUUUAGCCAGCAGAGACCAUUUUUGUAUUAGUAGAGCUAAAAACAAUAAAAAUAUGAAAUGGCACUACA